AUGGCAGAAGAACAGCUCGCUCUUGCAACUUUAAGGGAAAUCAUCUUAGUUUUCACAACAACAAUGGAUGAAUACGAAGAGCUGCUUCAUUAUGGUGCGCUGACUUCAAAGUGGUCAGAACCUGCUUCAGAACUGAGAGGACGUGGCAGAUAUUCCAGUGUAACAAAUGUUGCCAUUCACUGCAAGACUCCAGUCUUAACAUCGGUGAAGGAGCCUUCUGAGGCCAAAAUGGAACGACGUUGCCCUGUUCUUUCGAAAGAGACUUCUUCACAAGGGUCCACACAUGGUCAAAGAGAAAUAAAUGAAACCAUAGUGACUGAAUUAACUUUACCCGAUGAAGAAGUAACUCAAAUAGAAAAUAUACUUGAUCUCUGGAGUGGAAAUCUUAAGACAAAUGUUCUGACUGAGUUGAGAAAAUGGAAGCUCAGUUUGAUCGAACAUCACAAGCUUCAAAUGAGACAAGAAAAAGAGAAACACGCUGCACAAGUGAAACAAUUGAGCAAUGAGAUGGAAAACCUUAAGGAGUUGCUACAUACUUAUGAAAUCUCUAUUGGCAGGAAAGAUGAGGUGAUUACUAACUUGACCCAUGCAUUAGAGAGACAAAAGGAGAGAAUGGAGUUGACGAGAAAGUUUGCACUGUGGCGGGUUCAGCAUGUUAAAGCCAAACAAGAGGAAUACGCCAAUAGAAUAGCGGACAGACAAUUCCGGACAGCUUUGAUGAAGAAAGUAUGGGCAGCGUGGCGCUCUCUUAGUGAGGAAAAAUGGAAAGAAAAAGUAGCAAAAGCCUGUCAGUUAAGGGCAGAAGAUGUGUGUGUUCAGCUCACCAAUGACUACGAAGCCAAAAUUGCAGAGCUAACUGCUGCUUUGGAAGAGACAAAAGGUGAGAUUCUACAACUGCACAGUGAAAGAGGACAGUAUGAAGACACCAUGAAGAAAGCCUUUAUGCGUGGUGUAUGUGCUUUGAAUCUGGAAGCAAUGACGAUGUUUCAGGGCAGGGACAGUAGGACAGAUCCUGAUGUAGGAAGUAGAAGAAAUGAUAAUGGUGCCAUCGUUGCAGGAAAGCUACCUCCUUCACAAUAUAAUCUGCCCUCACCGCCAUCUCCACCAGCAACUGCUUUUCAGCUGGAAGAUAUGUUUUCUACCCACUUGGGUCAUGCAAGGACUUCUCAGACCAGGCUAGAUUCUGAUUCUCCAGUAAUCAUCACUAGCACAGCUGCAGGAUCUGGUGUAGCAUCCACUCAAAAACUGCCCAUGGCGAAAGUAAUAACAUCUGCUCAACAGAAAGCAGGAAGAACAAUCACUGCUCGAAUCACAGGCCGAGCUGACAUGGGACAAAAAGGCAGAUUUUGUGGUAGUUUAGCAAUGAUGGGAGUUGCACCACCCAUGAGUUCAGUCAUUGUUGAAAAACAUCAUCCAAUUACUCAGCAAACCAUAUCCCAAGCCACCGCUGCUAAAUAUCCUCGAACCGUGCUCCAUUCUUCUGGUUCUACCACUGUGAGACCUGCAGGACAAGUUGGGCGAAUGCUUCAGAGCCAAACUUAUACCAGUGUUCAGUCAAUAAAAGUUGUUGACUGA